GAGAAUAUACUGAGACAUAACAGACAGAGAGCAUGAGAAUGACAUAGAGACCCAGUUUUGCUGUUCUAUCUGAAAGCUGAACGGAGAGGAGCACAUUUAACUCUGUAGGCAAAAUGAGUUUUGACUGACAACGAACAGCAUAUUUUGGAAAUAGUCCCAUAUAUUUCACAUAAUUCUUAAACAAAGUUACAAUGGUAGACGGCGGAUAUUUAAAACAGAUUCAGUGUCAGCAUAGAAGGCGUGUACGUGGAGUGGACAGAGCAUUACAUGGCUUGGUUCGUGAAGAAAGCUGUGGAUUAUAUCGCAAAGUGAAAUACUUACAGUGAAGAAACGGAGGUGACUGAAGGUCAUGAGGAUGGCCUCUUGGGAAGAGAAUCUGGGUCAGCCCAAUCGCUCUGUGCUGGAGAUGGAGGGGCCACCGGACUUGUCCAGCUCCCUCUUCAAUCUCAGCAGCAGUUAUGGGGGCACGGGGGCUUUCCUCUGGCUGUUUCCGUCAGAGAACGUCACAUGGACCACCAUGAGGCCCACAAUCCAGCCGGUUGCUCCUCCACGGGUACGGGACCAAGCCUUGGCCCAGGCGGAGAUCGGGGUGCUGGGGUUGGUGCUUGCCCUCACCACUCUGGGUAAUGGAUUUGUGCUUUGGGUGCUGCUGCGUAAGAAGAAACAUCACGCUCCCAUGCACCUCUUCAUGGUCAAUCUAUGUGUGGCUGACCUGGUAGUGGCCUUCUUUCAGGUGCUGCCACAGUUGGUGUGGGAUAUCACAGAGCACUUUCAGGGCCCUGAUGCUCUGUGUCGCUCCGUCAAGUAUUUGCAGAUUGUCGGAAUGUUUGCAUCCUCCUAUAUGAUCGUUGCCAUGACUGUGGAUCGGCACUAUGCCAUCUGCUGCCCCCUGCAAGCAUAUCGGGGAGGCGUGCCCUCUCGCUGGAACACCCCCAUUAUAGUAGCGUGGGUCCUGGCCCUUGUGCUCAGUUUGCCACAGGUGUUUAUCUUCUCACGGUCAGAGGUGUCCCCCGGGGUGUUCGAAUGCUGGGGCCACUUUGCUGAGCCGUGGGGUCUUAAAGCAUACGUCACCUGGAUGACUGUGGCUGUAUUCGUAUUACCAGCCUUAAUCAUCACUGUAUGUCAGGUUCGCAUCUUCAGAGAAAUCCAUGACAAUAUCUACCUGAAGUCUGAGCGGGUGGUGACGGCAGAAUUUAAGAGGAACUCUGUCUUUUUCCACUUCGCUCAGCGGGAGGGGGGCAAGGGAAGGAACAGAGAGAGAAGCAGACAGAGCAGACAGAGUCACCAUGCUGACAGCAGUCUCAGUCAAGCUCACUGCAGCCCCUCGAAUCAUGCAGGAGAGGAAGCUUCCUCCUCAAACCUAUAUGAAGGCUACUCUCUGCCCUGUAGGAGCUCUAUAUGUGAGCCCUCCAUCCAAACACACCUGCAAAACACCCACAACCACCUCUCAGACCCUCCCCAUUCUCAGUCAUUAUCAGCCAAUAGCGUGUGUGCACUGGCUGGACACCCAAAUAGCUCUGGAGCUUCUGAACUGUGGCCAGAUGUGCUUCCAGAUGCUUUUCCCCUUCCGACCGACUAUUCGCACCCGCCGCCUCUACCAGGCGUGACUAAGGCCAUGUCUAAGACAGUGAGGAUGACUCUUGUCAUUGUGCUGGUCUACACCAUUUGCUGGUCUCCUUUCUUUAUUGUUCAGUUAUGGGCAGCCUGGGACCCCGACCCGCCAAACCAAGGGGCUGCUUUCACAAUCCUGAUGCUACUAGCCAGUCUAAACUCCUGCACUAACCCGUGGAUCUACACAGCAUUCUCUAACAGUGUGUCCCGUGAGCUGCUCGCACUGCUCCGCUGCCAUACCAGAUCCUCACGCAGAGGUUCGCUGCCGGACGAUUCAACCGCAACUCACACAUCAACCAACACAAAGGACUCCAUAUACUGACCUCAGCCCUGACUGUACUGCACGCACACACACCAGCACACGGCAAACACGCCACAGACGUGAUGGGCUAGACCCUGUCCCGAAUGUCAUCCUUGCCCACGCUGAUGACAUAAUAGCGCAUGGAACUGUCAGGUAGGCGCAGCUGGGCUCAUAAACAUCUUUUUUAGAAUUUAAAAUGACAAAUGGGAUGCCAUACGGUCUUGUGAACUUCACGGACAAGUACCAAGUGCACAAGUGUGCAAAAAGUGUGCUGUUUGGGGUGAUGUCCUGGCUACUUUAGAUUCAGGUACAUGGCAGAUACACAAUCUGAAAAGCAGACACUGAUCUGUCAUCAAAGACAAAAUCACAUUGCCAUGCCCAGUGCAUUUUACAGACAGCUGUCGGGAAGCAAAGGUCCUCCAUUCUUCUCUAUCUUUCUUUCAUGUCUCAACCAAGUGUUUUCAUAGAUUAGAGUUGCAGGAUUAUAUCAGACUUUCAAAGUAAGUGUGGAAAAUGUGAUAGUGGAAAGAUAAAAAAAAAAAAAAGCCAUGUGAAGAGUGCAUACAGAAUGAACAAAAGGUUAUCUGGUCGUUCUCCGGACAGCUUCAGAAGACCGGUGGCGAAAUGCUGCAGAUGAGAGCCUCAGAAGUUUAAGGUUUAAAAUAUCAAGUUUAAAAUAUCAGCUCGCUUGUGGGAAACACAGUGGCAGCUUAGUGACACAGUGACUUUCCAAAUCAUAUUUAUUCAAACUAUAUAUCAAACGUAAAGAAGACACUGUGAAUUGAAUUGGUCUACAGUAUUAGUUGAAGGUGUUACAGUGGGCAGAAAUCUACAUUUGACCACCACUGGGCGCAAAAGCCAAGCAUGAAAUCUAAUUUUCUGUGUUGGCCAUUUUAGUGGUUUAAUGUACCAAAGCAAAGAAACAACACAUUGUUUAGCAGCUGUUGAUUGUGUAAUGCAUUUCAGUAUGACCGAUAUAUACACAUCCUCACAGUCCUGGGAAAUCCUUGUAAAAAUCAUAGGAAAAUAUAGCAUUUUAUUUUGUUCUUUUUAUAUGCUUUGGGUGAGAAAUAACUUUUUUUACAGAAGAAACAGGGUAAUGGUAAACCAACAGCAAUAUACAGGUCAAUUUCCAGUCUAAGUAUUGCAGGGAGCAAAAUUCCAAGAGAAAUUGCUACAGCUCCAUUAUGUAUAUAUGUGCACACUAAUCACACACCGAUUUCAGUCGCUCAUUCAGCACUCUUUUAGCUCUACCUCUGGUAUUUGCUUGAUUUUUGUGCUCAUCUGGAAUCAGGGGACCAUUCACAUGCUUCAGAGUAACUUAUUUGUACAGAAAUAUUAUAAACAUUAUAAUAAAGAUGUGCUGAAGGAUUCAGAAAAAAAAUACUACACUGUAACUUAAGCACCUUAUUAUAAAAAAAAGUAUUAUAUACAUAUGUACAUGUAUGUUUGCAAUGCACAGAUUCUUGAGAAAUUCAGUAGUGUCUGUGGUAGUUUUGGAGGCUAGUUCAAUCUCACACUUUUGCUUGUUAUUCCCACCAUUGCGAAUUAUUAUAAACACGCAUUUCAGUCAUAAAGUCAUUCUAAAAGUCCAAAACUCGCAUACUCUUAGUCUACACAGCUUGAGAAGAGAGGAACUCCCAUUUUAGGGACAUUCUUGCUGAUUGGAAGUGCAUUAUCAUUUUCCCUUUUUAACAGAAAGCAACAAAUCAUGUAAUUUCCAUGAACAUCAGUCUUGAUUGGGACAAAUACACAAAUAUGAUUUGGGACAAAUCAAAUAUGAUUUUCACAAUAUGACAUUUAUUGUAUAACAGUAUAUCAAUUACCUUGAUGUACUGUAAACUAGUAAACAUUAGAUAUUAGUAAAAAUAGUGAUCAGAUAUUGGAAACAUUCAGAAAACAAAUUGCUAGUGACCUUUUUGUUAUACUCGAUGCAUAAUAAUGGGUAAUCAUAAAAAAUCAUUUAGCACAUAUUUAAUUGACAAGACGUGCAGUACCUAAAAUAUGAUCAACAUUGUAAUAAAUUAUUUUUUAUAUCAA